GGAUCUCAAAUAUUUAUUGUCUUGGGCAGGCAAAAUUACAUAUGCUAGGCUUGUCAUCUUAUUCUCUAUUGUCUCAUUCUCCACCAGCCAGGAGGAAUAAGUAGCUAUCACCGAUUGAAAGCGGAGAAACGGAGCUGGAUAACUUCUGUCUCAUUACCCCGCGCAGAUUGUGGGCCAGCGGAUAAAUUGUAUAACCUUGCUGGAGGGCAUACAACGAGUGAGUGACGGGAAAUUUUCUCCAUGAUCUUUAAAGUCGGAUGAUAUGCCGAGUGAUUGCAUUUUAGUCGGUGUACUUGGCUAAAUGCUAAUAAAUUCAGAUAAAUAUCAACGUGCAGACGAGGUUUGUGAAGAGGCAAAUACAAAAGAUAUAAGAGUGAGAUGCAAUCUAUGGAUUGAGUUAGUUAACCCCAUAACAAUGUUUCGCCUGUCCAGUCUACACUUUCUUCCUCUUUUCGCCUCCCUUGUAUUUCCGGUCACAUCAGCUCUCUCAAAUACUGAUACAUCCUUGACACUUUUGUAUCAGAAUAACCUUAAUGCUUCUGAUGAUAUAAAUCACGUGGGGUUCAUUCUCCUCGACCCUCACUCUUCGAACGAUGCACUCGCAGCAUGUGAGGCUCUGGAUGAAAAACUGCUUAGCAGUAGCACAAUAAAACGCCAACCGUCCGAUUUUUUACUUCCCCUAUCAUACCAAGCGCACCGUGGUCGCGCCUCAUCAUCACAACUAUACAUCAUUGACGGUGGAAUUGUUUCCUAUGACUCAGUUCAUGGAUUGAGCUUUCCGAAGUCUGCUUAUAACAAUGUAAAACUCCCCGUUCUUUGUACUCAGUCUAGUGAUGAAAGUCAACCUGGAACCGCCAUCGCCAGCAGUAGCAACAAGGUUUCUGUUGGUGCAGGAGGGAAUACAUACGUCGGAUUCCGCAACCAAAAAUCAUUUCGUUUUCUCGGUAUACCAUAUGCAAAUCCACCAGAAAGAUUCGUCUAUUCUACGACAUAUUCACCCACGGGUCAGACAAUUCAAGCAACUGCAUAUGGAUCACAAUGCGCCCAGGUUACUGGCGGAAGCGAGGAUUGUUUGUUUCUCAACAUCCAGACCCCAUAUAUUCCCAAAGCGAAUUCUACUAAGGAUUUAAGACCGGUCAUGUUUUGGAUCCAUGGUGGUGGGUACGUUACUGGAAGUGGUGCUGAUCAACUGAGCGAUGGAGGUGAUUUGGCUAGCAGAGAGGAUAUCGUUGUGGUGAAUAUUAAUUAUCGACUUUCAACCUUGGGCUUUCUGGCCAUUCCUGGAACGAAUGUUACGGGAAACUUUGGAAUCGCUGACCAAAUUAACGCUCUAGAGGUAAUAAAUUCUGUUGGUUCAUCGCAAUGAUCUUCAAGGCUAAUAUAAUUAGUGGACGGUGAAAAAUAUUGCUUCUUUUGGAGGAGACCCCAAGCGAAUUACAAUCAUCGGUGAAUCAGCUGGAGCGGGAUCAGUCCGAGUACUUCUAGGCUCACCACCAGCAAUUGGAAAAUUUCAAGGUGCAGUGGCUAUGUCCAACCUCGGUGGUGGUGUAGAUCUUGGACUCUCAGGUGACUAUGCAACCACUUAUUCCACAUAUCUCACUAUACCAGAAUCAUAUGCUCGAGUUGGUCAGAAUAUAUUUCUGGAGUCAGGAUGCAACCAAACAUCUUUACUCGAUCAAAUUGCCUGCCUCAAAAAUGUCCCCGCUUUACCUUUGGUUCAACUCGACUACGCUGCGCAAUACGUUGUCCAGGACGGCCAUUAUAUUAACACAGCUGAACUUGACCUUGUCAAUCAUAAUGGCAGCACAGCCUACGUGGAUGUCAUAUUUGGUGUUACCGCCAAUGACGGCGCAUCAAUUGGUUCCGUCUACCCUUCGAAGCCUGUCACCUCCAAAGUAGCUGGCAUCGCUGCUUCUUUAAGUAUAUCGCAGUCCUAUGCUCAAUCAAUAAUUGAUAGCGGGCUGUUCCCUUACUACGACACGGGAAACAUCACGCUUGACUCAUUUAGUAUGUAAACGAGCUUCAAAAUUCUUUGUUUUUUUAACACCCGAUUCUGUUCUUCAAUCCGCAACCUGUUUUACCUCUUCCUCAAACACAGCCUCUCUUUCCUAUGAUAAAACUUUGUUUCUCAUUUUCUUCUGGAUUCUGUCCUUGAUAGGCAACACCGACUAACCAAUUAACAACAGAUGUGUCACAGCGCGUGGCGACGGAUAAAGAUUUCAGAUGUGUAGAUCAGGCAACUAUGUUCGCAGGCUCCAAAAAUAGCAUUUUUAAGUCGAGCUAUUUCUAUGAGAUGGAUAGGACCAUUGCCGGCUACGACCCUAACGGGCUUGGUGGACCCCCAACCUCGCCUGGGUACCCUAAUGGAAACCCAAAUUUGCCAUAUUUCAGGUUCCAUGGGGCCGAUAUGCCAUGGGUAUUUGGAGCUUUCAAUACCGGAUUGCAAUUCAGAGACGCUGAGGACUUGUGGAGCUUGGAGUUAAGUGUCAGUUACUUUGGAGCAUUUGUAAGGACGGGAAAUCCAAAUCCAGAUGAUGGAUUUUUAAAGAGCAGGGGAUAUGGAACCGUGCAGAAGGGCAUUCAACUGGCUGGGAAAUGGGAGGAGGUAGGUGCUGGAGGGAAAAAGGGCAGUAUGAUGUUGAUCGAUUGGCCAGGGAAAGCCCAAAGCUUUUUAGAAUUAGAACAGUGCAAGUGGCUGGGAUAUCCAGUUGAUUAUUUUGUUAAUGGUGGUACUUAGCGAGCGAAAUUUUAUUAGUCUGGCAUAUUUUCGCACUUGACUGAAUGGAAAAAUGUCUCUCUUACACUUCCCGUCUCUUUUCAUAACUCGU